GUCCACACCAUCAACAAGCGGAACUUCCCGAUAAACGAGAUUCCUCUCCGGGAAGUGAAAGCCACUAACAAAGAUGUCAGAGGAGAGAUGUCCCGAAUGCUGCGGCUGGUGCAUGUGUCUGAUCGUCCUAGCCGUGGGGGUGUGUGGGUGGACGUUCGGCAUAGGGUGUCUACAGGACGACGACAGGGCCACCCGGGGGUACUGUUCAGGAGUUGUCAGCAGAGGCGCAGCCAUAACUCUGAUCAUUUUCGGAACCAUCGCCAUGGCCCUCAUUUUGUGCUGUUGCUGUAUCGGCUGCUGCACGAAAGAUGGCGCUCUAGACACCCGAGACCCCAUCCGGGACCCUCCUCCUUACCAAGAAAGCAACCUUGCUUUCUGGACAGAACCAUCUCGUAUACUUAUAAGGGACAUUAGAAACGUUCGGCAAGUAGCUGUUGUGAGGCUUGGAUACUCGGAAAUUUGAUUUCCACAGUUAAACAUGCUCAAGAACUGGUAAUUCUUUAAAAAAUUGAUGGGAGCUUAAUUUAGGCUUCGGAAUGUAAAUGCACUGUACAUUUUGAUAAAAACUAUUGGACACGACUGGGAAAAACGGGAGACUGAAAGAAAUGUUUUCGUGAGAAAGAGAACAUUUAUAAAUCAAUGUCGAAAUCACUGACAGUUUACAGUUUUGUUAUGUCAUAUUAACAAAGAUUGUGAGAUGAGAAAAGACUGAAAGACUGAAAGUGAUUUUUAAAAGCUUUACUUCACCCAUUCUGAAAUGCAUAAGUUGAGACGGAUCUACAGUAUGAGCUAUCAGUUCGUUCCGUCGUCUCUACCGCAUUCAAAACCGGCCGAGUGUUCGGCGACGCAAUGCACUUUAAUAAUAAUAAUGAUAAUAAUAAUAAUAAUAAAUUCGAGGAACACUUCUAACAGGUUGAUUGGUCAUAGUAAUUUAUAAGACUGUUACACAGCAAAUCUAUUAUUUUUAUUGCAGUUGGCUUUUAAU